AUGUCAAGUGAUGAUAAAAGUAAAUCUAGUGACAAAAAUAAACCUACUGACCCCAAGACUGAGCCCAAGAACUGCGAUCCCAGAUGUGAACAAAAGUGUGAGUCCAGAUGCCAGCCCAGCUGUUUAAAGAAGCUGCUGCAACGCUGCUCCGAAAAGUGCCCACGGGAGAAGUGUCCAGACCCACCAAAGUGCCCACCGCCGUGCCCGAGCCCCACGUGCUGCCCCCAGCCACCUCCCCCGGUGUGCCCCCCACCCUGCCCUCCCAAGCCCUGCAUCAAGCCCUGUCCUCCUAAAUGCCCACCUCCCUGACCACCCUCCUGUCCAUCCCGCUGUCCACCCCCAGAAUGA